AGCACGCGACACGCGGGAGACCCUUGGGGGGCGCUGUGCUGCCGUCUCCGGGUCCGCCUCCUCGGCCGGUCCCUCAGUGUUUGGAGAUCCGUUCCUUACAGCCCUGGUACCCCGACGCCCAUCAACCCUAGACUUUCUGGGAGUCUCUGGCCAGGUGCCCGAAGGGGCGCUGUGUCCCGUGGGACCCUCCAAAGGAUGAAUGCAAUUUGGAGAUGUGUUUGCCGCCUAAGACAAGGAAAGGUGCCACACAGAUGCCAAAGUGGUUGCCACCCAGUGGCCCCUCUGGGAUCAAGGAUUUUAACUGAUCCAGACAAAGUUUUUGAGCACAACAUGUGGGAUCACAUGCAAUGGUCUAAAGAAGAAGAAGAAGCAGCCAGAAAAAAUGUAGAAGAGAACUCAGCUGUGCGGAUCCUUCCAGAAGAACAAGUUAAGUAUGACUGUGACGCUCACAAAUACUGGGACGCGUUUUACAAGAUUCAUAAGAAUAAGUUUUUCAAGAAUCGUAAUUGGCUGUUGAGGGAAUUCCCUGAAAUUCUUCCAGCUGAUGAAAGCACUAAGGAGGGCGUGGGAGAAUGGCCAAGGGAUCAUGUCCGAAGCCAUGCUGAAGACAGAGGAGGCUCUCCACAGCCUGACCCGUUUCCUGGUAGCAAUGCUGCCUUCAGAAUUCUAGAGGUUGGCUGUGGCGCUGGAAAUAGUGUUUUUCCAAUUCUCAACACCUUGCAGAACAUUCCAGAAUCCUUCCUCUAUUGCUGUGAUUUUGCCUCUGGUGCUGUGGAACUUAUAAAGUCACAUUCUUCCUUCCGAGCAGCCCAGUGCUACGCCUUUGUUCAUGACGUGUGCGAGGACGGCUUGCCCUACCCUUUUCCAGAUGGGAUCCUGGACGUCAUUCUCCUCGUCUUUGUGCUCUCUUCUAUUCAUCCUGACAGGAUGCAAGGUGUUGUCAGCCGACUCUCUAAGUUGUUGAAGCCUGGGGGAAUGCUGUUAUUUCGGGAUUAUGGAAGAUAUGAUAAAACUCAACUUCGUUUUAAAAAAGGGCAUUGUUUGUCUGAAAAUUUUUAUGUUCGAGGAGAUGGAACCAGAGCCUACUUCUUUACAAAAGGGGAAGUCCACCAUAUGUUUUACAAGGCCGGAUUAGAUGAGAAACAAAAUCUGGUUGAUCAUCGCUUACAAGUUAAUAGAAAAAAACAAGUGAAAAUGCAUCGAGUGUGGGUUCAAGGAAAAUUCCAGAAACCAUUCCACUGGACUCAACAGAACUCCAAAUUGGCAUUUUCACUCCUUUCUCAUGACUGAACUGUGUACCAUGUGAAGGUGUAAAACCAGAGAGCUGUGUUAUUCAAGACUCUGAAAGUCAUUCUUUUCCCAAAAGACAAUAAAAGAAUUUAUGUUUCCUGCUGA